CAUUCCAACAGCUUCGUCUUCUUCACACAUCACACACUCCUCAUAAACAUGGCCUUACCCAAGAGAAUCAUCAAGGAAACGGAGCGUCUGAUGGCCGAUCCUGCACCUGGCAUCAGCGCAACCGCCCAUGAGGACAACCUCCGCUAUUUUGAUGUCAUCAUCAGUGGACCAGCCCAGUCUCCUUUCGAAGGUGGAGUUUUCCAUCUGGAGUUGUUCUUGCCUGAGGAGUAUCCUAUGUCGCCCCCCAAGGUCCGCUUCUUGACCAAGAUUUACCACCCCAACAUUGACAAACUCGGCCGUAUCUGCCUCGAUAUCCUUAAAGAUAAGUGGUCGCCUGCCCUUCAGAUUCGCACGGUGCUGCUUUCUAUCCAGGCGCUGCUUUCGUCCCCCAACCCCGACGACCCUCUCGCAAACGAUGUCGCCCAGCACUGGAAGGAAAACGAGAAUGCCGCCAUCCAGACUGCUCAGGAAUGGACGAGGAAGUACGCGACGGCAUAAAGCGCUCAACAACAAAUGAAGGAAGGAAAAGUAUGGUCUGCAGGGAAGACAGUAGACGCAGUUUUUUUUUUAAAAAAAUAACCAAAUAAGCCUAUUUGAAUAAAGGACUCGUAAAUACAACUGUUCUGAAG